CGUCUCCUAGUCAGUCAGAAACGGAUGACCUGGAGUGUAGACUCUAUGCUUAUACUAAGAGUCACUUCAAGCUAUCGGCCAGGGUGCAUAUGUCCCAUCUCGUCUUUGAAACGGGAUUUAAGCGACGUAUGGAUCAGCGUCGGAAUGUUCGCCGCCUCGAACGAAUCUUGAAAAUACAAGGUUGCAAUCGUUUGAUGAAGGAAAAUUAUGUGUCCGUCAUAGUAUCCCAGGCAGACUGGCAACAUCGGGUGCAUCCGCGGUCGGACAACGGGAUUCUUCCUAGCUUGCAUGUGGAUUGGGAUUACGGAUUACGAGCGCUAGACCACGAGAAUCUAAUUGUUGCCGCUAGAAAUACACUCGCAUUCAACAACCAAUGGUGGAUAGUGGAUGUCUAUGUGGCUGAUGAAGAAUCGGAUAACCUCAAUGUAACUGCCCACAAGCUCCAGGGAAGACUCCUCCAAUCAUUACGAGAACGAUUUUCAAACGAGCAUCGGCCAUCAGAUGGGUUGAUAUAUGAGCGUAUCAAUUACUAUGAGGGCCGUCUUGACGGGCCCGAGAAUCAACGGGCAGCGGAAAGCUGGUGGGCGGCCCUAGAGAACCAGUUCCUGACCCGUCAGUUGAACUCGCUACUUGCCAUUCCAGGGCUUUGGGAUGGAAUGCAGAUUGGAAACCUGCACAAAGUUACCGCUAUGCACUGUGAUGAGGCAAUUUCGUGCUAUUGGAGAAGUAUUUUGACCACAUUCCUAGCCAUUGUUGGAGGCCACAUCCAGAGCUUACAAUUAAUUGACGGUGUUACUGUCAACCUCAUCGAGUCCCGAGUCCCGAAAAGGAAGUUUGACGAAGGCGUGCUUUUCCCCAGUUUUUCGGAAAAUGAUCGACGGGAGAUCUGGAACCGAUUGAAAGAGAUUGACUCUCCACUUCCAUCAUUAAAGACAUUUUUCAGAGACCGUCUCUAUCUGGAAGUACCACAGAGUGUCAUGAAGCAACUAUUUCUCCAACCAAAUAGUACUGAUGAUAAAGUGACAAUCAACAAUGGUGAAAUCGGAUCAACGCUCGACCCGGCAGCCCGAAAGGCCAGGUUUCGAAUUUACAUUCUGGAGCUCUGGCACUUCAGCUUCCAGUACGGAUUCGAAAUGACCGAUUGGAGGCGGCUCAAAUCAUCAAGUGGUUUGGCAUUCGGAACAGCGUCUAGUCAGCAGCACUUGAAUCUGCCCAACCGUACAGAUAUCUGGAACCAUUUUCACAUGAAAAUAAUGACCAUGGGUCUCCGAACACCCAACGCUAUCGACCUUUCUGCCUCGCCAGUCGUAUUACCAACCGAGAUACCUUGCGACUACCCUGAAGAUGCAUCAGACGAAGUGGAUGUCAAGAAAAGGAGUGGUAAACCCUCAAUAGAUACUAUGGAAGCCGACCGAUACGCUCUAUCAGUGAUGUCGCUGAAGGAAAGAAGGAUAGAAACCCGUGUCACGUCGAGAUUUCUCCGUAUAUCGGUGUUCAAGAAAUUCUUCGGUUAUUUAAUGGACCAUGAUGCCAUGAGUGGCCAGCUGCUAUGGCCCGAGCUUCUGGAAGACAGCACUCCGCAUAUUAGCGAGAAUAAUGAUGAGGACACGCCGACUCUUUAUACACCGGGAUUGGAUAGUUCGAACUGGACCAAUACCAGUUCUGGAGUCCAUGGGUCGGAAUCUCAUGUGUAUCAUAGCAUACCCUACAUGGAUUUACCGGAUGAUUCUGAAAGCAGCUUCGAGUCCGCCCCGUUUCCGAGCAGCUAUGAGUCCACUCCAUUUCCUCCUUCAAUUUUGAUGAGCACGGCUCCGUUCCCAAAUCCCCAUCCCUCCAUUUGA